AAGUAAUCGGUCGCUGCUGGUUCUUAUAUGCUGCCUCUUAACAGUGAAGCCACUCAGGAUGUCGGCUGCAGCUAGCCCGGACGAGGAAAAACCUCUGGCUCCGGUCUCAGUCCCGUGAUUCCGGUGAUAAGAUAGCUCCAAAUUUAGCACGGUCCAGCUCACGAGCCGUGAUGCUCUCGAGCUUCACCUUUGGGACCGACAGCCUUGCCUGGACACGUCCCACCAGCCGCAUUGUCGUCUAUUUCGCACGCAAUCAGACUCACAGAGGGGAAUACCGGCAUGUCUGGCACAUAAUGAAGUCCACUUCGAUCGUCACGCUACGCACACUCGCGACUUAUAAGGUCGAAGCCCGCCAGCGAUUCUUCGAAGCAAUCACAGAGAGCUGCGUUGAAGGCUGCGAAGAACCUCGACCUCGAGCCUGCAGUAGAAAAGGAGCCUAACCAUCCGAAGCCGUCUCGCAGAGCUUCAGUCCAACAAGUUUUGCGGCGAAGCCUUGGUCGGCUCCUUCCGUUACGGCCAACUUCACCACAACGACGAAGUAAACAACCGCACGAAGACUCUCCGUUUCUGUUACCACAAGACAUUAUGAAUAUGGUCGAACAAUCAGUUGCGGGAAAUAAUGGUGGUCCUGCCCGACGAGAAUAUGCCGUGAUCGAUCUCACCAGUGAAGACGACGACGAUGGCUUCUUCGAGGAUGCACAGGAGCUCGCCGACGAACAAAAUGGCCAUCGAAUCAAACGAGAGAGACUUGAGGUAAGAGAUGAUCUCAGACGAGAGCCUGUAGAGCGUAUGGGAGACCGGCCUGCCUUUGGACAAGCAGCACAACCUCACAAUGCACCUGCAAUUCCUGAUGUACCAUACGCUCGCGUUCGAGAUGUUUGGGGCGACUACGAUCUUGACGAGGACUUCGAUGAUGAGUUCAUAGCCGGGGCUUUCGACUUUGAUGAGGAAUACCCUCCAAUUGGAGGCCCAGUAAUACAACCUGCUGCACCUGCACCUCCACCUCCCGCAAGACCUGCCAUGGAAGUACCUAUACCCGAAGCAGUCAUAGAAGCGAGAAUCGAUUGCGUCGACACAGUUGUCAAUGUGUUCCCUGGAAUCUGCCGCGACUAUGUCUCGGAGCUAUAUGACACCAUUUCAAAAUCAUCAGAGCGAUUGAUUGAACAUAUAUUGGACAAGAUGGACAAGGGACAUUCAUACCCAAAUGCGAAGGAAAAGGAGAAAGAGAAGCAGAAGAUAUUGAAAAGAAAGAGAUCGUACGAUGAAGAUGCGGAAGCUGCUCGCAAAUAUGGUGCUCCUGAUCGCAUCAUGCCAACAAAUAUCGGGGGCAUUCGAAGCUACAUCGCCAGAAUCCUUUCCUAUGAGUUCCCCCUGACAGCAAUGAACUUCAUCAACGCGACUCUGAGCAGGUCGGGAUAUCGACUUUUUUCCGCAUAUGAAGUUCUAGAAGAAGCCGAAAGAACAUGGAGCGACAAUAAGCUGUACCCAAGACUGAAGCAUGCGAGGAAAAGUAGUGAUUUUACCGAAAAGAAGGUUUCCGAUUAUCUAGCAUUCCCUGGUGUCAUUGUCGAUCGUGAAAAGGUCGAAGUUUUCGAAGAGUUACAGGCUGCGAGACGAAUCCGGCAAAAGGCCGAUGCCCGAAGGGCCGCUGAACGUGCUGCUGAAGUCGAAGAAGAAGAAAAUAUCGCCAGAGCAGAAGCAGAAGGAACCAUGUCGGAAUGUCAGUGCUGUUGCUGCGACUAUCCCUUGAACAGGAUGGUUCACUGUAAUGGCGAGACACUACAUUGGUUCUGCAGGGGUUGCGCAAAACGCACCGCGGAAGUUGAGAUAGGGAAGUCCAAAUAUGAGCUACAUUGUAUGUCGACAGACAAGUGCCCUGGUGGAUUUUCUCUUGAUCAAAGGGCGCAAUUUCUCGAUGAAAACACCAGAGUCGCGCUGGAGCGAAAUGAACAGGAAGCCAAUCUGCGCUUGGCAGGUAUUGAAAAUCUGGAGAGCUGUCCGUUCUGCCCCUUUGCAGCCGAGUACCCACCCGUUGAAGUGGAUCGGGAAUUUCGAUGUCAAGCACCAGAUUGCGAAAAGGUCAGUUGUCGCCUCUGCAGACUUGAAUCGCACAUCCCAAAGAGCUGUGAGGAAAAUGCCAAGGAUAAUGGUCUCUCGAUUCGACGUCAAAUCGAGGAAGCAAUGUCUGCUGCCAUGAUCCGCAAAUGCAAUAAAUGCGGAACUCCCUUCGUCAAGGAGGAAGGUUGCAACAAAAUGACUUGCACUAGGAAUGGUUGUUUCAAUAUCCAAUGUUACGUCUGCUCGAAAUCUUGCGACUACAAUCACUUCAACGACCCGACUCGAGGUGGUAAAGCUGGUAACUGUCCAUUGUUUGAGAGUGUGGAGCAGAGACACGACAACGAGGUCAAGAAAGCCGAGAAAGAGGCUCUCCAGAAGGUGCUUUCCGAUCACCCAGAGUAUAGCGAAGAAGAUCUUAAGAUCAAGAUGUCCGAAAACGUCAAGGAAGACGACGAGAAGCGAAAAUCAAUGGACCCUCGUGCACGCCUCGAAGCAAGGAGAGCGGCCGGUGCACGUCCUGGCCCUCGAGCCGUGAAUUUCAUGCAACUCCGGCCAAUGAUGCCUCGCCCCGCAGCAAUGAUACGCAGAGUACAUGAUCUUCCUGAGUUCCCACAGCUUCUCAAUCACCCUAAUCAGCUGGACCCCAUUUAUGAUGACAUGGACUUCAAUUACUUCGACGACGAGGUGGAGGUUGCAUGGCGAUGGCGGCGGCCUCGGCGUCCAGCAAGGGACCCGGUGCGAUACUUACCCCCUCCUGCGCUUCCUCGAGUUGAUCCGCCACAAGCAGCUAUGCAAGCUCAUGUAGCGCAACCAAUGCCUGCUCCAGUGGCCGAUGGCCCGGCCGAUAUUGGGAACAACGAUGCAUUGGAUGACUUUUAUCAGCCGCGGCGUGCAGAUGAUUUGCACCGACAGGCGCCUCACCCACGAACCCCUGAUAGUGACUCGCCCGAAGAUGAGGAUGCCGAGCCAGUUAAUGACAAUGAGCGUCAUUUGGGACGACCAAACGCUGCCAAUAUCAUCGUCCUAUCUAGGAGGCAAGCCCCAGUGCCCGUGCCGGUGCCCAACCAGCCAGGUGUUAGACCGAAUGCUCCGCACCCGCCUGUACCACCCAAGGCCGUCCAUGCGGAUCCUUUACAGAGAGUGAGACUUCAACUCCGCCGAUCAGAUGGACAAGAAAACGCCGAGCGAGUUCGUGAGCAAAAAGAGGCAGAUGCCUUGGCGAAGGGCAGCAACGAGAUUCGAGGGACCCCUGCGAGAGAAGCUAGACAAGCCGAGCAAAUCGUAAAUGCCGAAAAUGCAAGAUUUGAAUUGGAGCUGCUGCGUAUGCAGCAUCGUCAGCAUUUAGCUCGGGCUCAGUCAGCUAUACAGUUAGAUCCAAUGGAGGGUGUAGUGCAAGAUGGUCCAGCUCUCGUGGCAGAUGCUCAACGAGCUCGGCUAGAUCCACUUCUUCCAGCAGCUGUCCGCCACGAAGAACUUUACAACAGACUUCGAGCCCUCGAGGCUACUCAGCCACAGGCACGUCUUCCCGCACGAAAAGACCCUGCCGAAAAUAUCGAUAGACGAAAUCGACUUCCAGGGGAUCCCCAUAAAUUCCGUCCAGUACCACCUCACCGAGAUGGUCCUGUUGGUCUCCCAAGGCCAGUGCCAGCGCCAGGCCGCAGACUGGAAGAACUGUUCCAAGAGCUUAAUGAAGAUGCAGAACUACUUCAACGACUGGAGCGUUUACACCAACAAAAGCAUGAUAAUGCACUUGCAAAUAUUGAGCCUCCUGCUCCACUUGGACCCAAUGAACCGCGUCCAGAUGUCUCCCGACGGCCAAAUCCACGGGCUGCUUCAGAAAAUAAUCAAGACCCAGCAAUUAUGAAUGCAGCUGCACUUGCCAAGCCCAAUAAUAUCCCUAAUGCGAAUGCAAACCAUAAUCAAAAUAAUAACUCACCCAAUCGACCUCGAUUUUAUGACAACAACCCCGAGCCACGACAAAGACGUCAAGUUCAUUUGCCGGAAGUGAAUGCGAUUCCAAACAAUGCAUAUCGUAUGCCCCUGUACGCCGACAAUUUCAAUGACCUACCUCGUUAUCAAGUCCCACCUGCUCGUGCAGCGGCCGAACUUGACGUUCGUGCUCUUCAAGAAGCCCAAGAGCUGGCUCGAAGACGGCAGGUGAUCGCAAGAGCAGAAGCAGAAGUUCAGAAUCGCGAACGAGCUCUAAUUCAAGUGCGAAUGGCUAAAGCUCAAAUAGCCCAGGCUCAAGCUCAAGUAGCUGCGGCUCAAGUGCAGGCAGAAGCAGCUCAGAUCCGAGCCCAACCCCAAGCAGCCAGUGUCGUUGCUCCUGGUGUCGCUCAUCCUCCUCCCCCUCAACGUUAUCAUCAUGUUGCAAAUGCGCAACUCCGACAAUACGCAAUGCUCUACCAUCCAGGAGCAGAUCUAAAUGGUCAACAUGCAGCACCUGGUGCGAAUAUAGCUGGAGGUGCGGUGGGUGCUGCUGUGCCUAUGCCUGCUCAUCGAGCUGCACCCGUGCUUCUGCGUGAGGCUAACGAUGCUGCACUGGAAUAUAUGAGGCAACAGGAGCUGAGGAUGGAGCUUGCGGCGAUUCAGGAGCAAUUCUACCAGCCUGAAGAUGUUGUCGAGGAGUAUGAAAGUGAUGAUGAAAUGGGAGCUGGGGAGGCGGGGAAGAAGGUGUGA